AUGAAGGAAUCAUCUGAUAUUCAUAUCACUAUUCAACGAAUUGGACGGAACAAAACUAAAAAUUCUCCUCAAAAGUUAAAUCAAAUUUCUCCACAUGAUACGAUUCAAAAAACAUCAAAACUAUCUGAUAUUUCUACUAAAAUCCAUUUCAAUGAACAUUUAUCAUCAAACCAAAAGCACAACAGUACUACUAAUCGUUCUCUUAAAAUCAGAAAUAUUUCAUCAGAUCGAAACGAUACAAUUACAGAUCAUCAUAAAAAAUCGAGAAAUUUUGAAAAGAAGAUAAAGAAAAAAUGUUCCAUAACACGAAUUAUUUCUUUUACAAUUAUCACUCUACUUAUUGGUAUCGCAAUAGCAAUAAUUUUGUUGGCUAUAUUAUUCAAAUCGAAAAAACAAAUAACACCAAAUUCUGGUUUUAUACCUGUAUUGAGAUGGAAUAGUACGGGAAUCACAGUUGCAGGUGUAGUUAAUGUAUUUGGGAAUGGAAGUAAUCAAUUAAAUCAACCUAAAGAUAUAAUAUUUCUUCAUCCAAAUAUAAUUUAUAUUGCUGAUUACGGUAAUCAUCGAGUACAGAAGUAUGAACUGGGCAAUUUUAGUGGUGUAACUGUUGCCGGUGAAACUAAUGGACUGGGAGGUUCAUUAUCCAAUCAAUUGAAAAAUCCAUCGUGUAUAUUUAUUGAUUCAUCUAAUGGUAUUUAUGUGUCUGAUUCAGGAAAUAAUCGUGUUCAAUACUGGUCUAGUGGUGCAUUAACAGGAUUUACUAUGGCCGGUAGUCCUACAGGUUUAUUUGGAAAUACAAAUAGUACAUUUAAUGAUCCAGUAGGUCUUGCACGUAAUGAAACAACAGGUACACUCUAUAUUGCUGAUUUCGGUAAUAAUCGUGUCAUGAGUUAUCUAUUCAAUGCAUCGUCAGGAACUUUCGCUGCUGGUAGUAGCAUGUUUGGUACCGGAGUAACACAAUUAUGGAAACCAGCUGGUUUAUAUUUCGAUACAUUAUCAAAUAGUCUUGUGAUUGCUAAUCAUAAUGCUGGAAAUAUUGUUCGAUGGAUUCUUGGUGAAAGCAAUUGGACACUUGUUGCUGGUGAUGCUAACGGAGCAUCAGGUAGUAAUGCCACACUAUUUAAAAAUCCUCAACAAAUGACGUUUGAUCCAAUGGGUAAUAUGUAUGUUGUUGAUAAAAAUAAUCAUCGUGUGCAAUUAUUCAUCAAUGGAUCAAAAGAAGGAAUGACAAUAGCUGGUGUUACUAAUUCAGCUGGUUCUUCUGCGACACUACUUAAUACACCUUACGGAAUUGCAUUGGAUAAUCAACUCAAUUUAUACAUUGCAGAUACUUAUAAUCAUAGAAUUCAAAAAUUCCUACGUUAUUGA